AAUGUAUACAUGGUCAUGGAAUCUAUGGAAAAUACCUAAUGACUUUUUAGUAUUAAAGAUUCUUUUAAGAGAUGUAAAAAGAGGAAAUGACAUUUUUGAUGAAAUAGUUGAACAAAACUUUCAAGGAUUAGAUUACAUUAAUAAAGAUUUUGUUAAAUCAAUGAUUAAGGAAAAGUCUAAAGAAAUAAUCAUCUUUUUAGAUGGUGUUGAUGAAUUCAAUAUUGAUUCUUAUAGUUUUAAAACCUUUAUUUAUGAUCAAAACUGUGAUGUACAAACUGUCUUAUGGUCUAGAAAUUGGAAAGCUAGGCAAAUUCAACACAACUGUGAUCUUAUCUUUCAUUUAAAAGGAUUCGAUUUUGGACAUCUGCUCGAAUUUUUUGGAAAAUGUUUUAAAUAUGGCAACCAAGCCGAGAUUUUCUUUGAAACAGUCAUUGAUAAAAAUACAACACUGCAAGAAUUUUGCAGAGUUCCAUUUUUAGCUAUGAUCAUUUUUCACUUGUGGAAAGAGAAGGGAGAUCUAAACAAUAUGUCUUUAUAUAAAUUAUACAAAAAUAUUGUUGAACUUUUACAAUCAAAGAGGAAAAUCAAUGAAAAUAUUUUAGAUGAAGGUUUAAAAAAUAAAUUUUUUAAAGGUUGUCUUGAAUUUUUACCAGAAAAUACAAAUAAUUUGAAAUUAAGUGAAGAGGAGAUUAAAAUUUUGGAAAAAGUUUAUGGAGGUUUAUUGCAUUUUAUCAUAAAGAAAAAUAGUGUGGAUGAUGAAGUUGAAGUUCAAUUUUAUCAUCUUUCUCUUCAGGAAUAUUUUGCAGCUAAUUAUUUAAUAGAUAAAUACGAAAUGAAUAAUAUGGAAGAAGCUGAUAAGGUUUUAAGUCUAAUGUUUGAGAAAUAUCCUCAAAUGAAACUAUUCAAUGUUCUCAAUUUUCUGAGUGCAAAAUCAGUAGAGCUUGGUGUAGAAAUUUUAACACAAUCCAAAUAUUUUGAAAAAAUGAAUAAAACAGAAUGGAUUUCAGACAGAUUAGAUGACUGUAACAAUAGAUCUUUGCAUUUGAAUGAUGAAGAAAUCAAUCCAUCUCUAUUUCAAUUUUUAGUUCAAAAUGGAAAACUAUCUACACAAGAACUGCAAUUUAAAGCAUGUACUUUUUUGAACUUUGAGUCAUUUUCAAAAUCUCUACAAAUGUCACAGACAAUAACAGAUGUAAAAAUAUCUUCCAAUUUUUAUAUACCUCCUAUCUUUCUUCCAGAAAUGUUAAACUCAUUUUCCAAUGGUGGUAUUCUUUCUUUUUUCUCACUUGAUUGCUUUGACAAGUGGCGUAUUAUCAUUUCAAGAGUUGAAGAGAAAUUUUUUUCCCUGACUGUUAUUCUUGAUCAGAUGAUUGAUGAUAUGCAAAAUUCAUUUGAUAAAUCAUUGGAACAAUGCCAAAUGUUAAAAGCUUUACAUAUUGAAAUAAGUAACAAAUGUUUAAAAGUUUUAAAUGGAACAGUUUUAAAUUCAUUUCUAAAGACUAUACCAAAACUUGAAUAUCUUGACAAUAUUCAUUUUUCAAAACCAGAAUUUGGAAAAAAAUUAUUUUUGGAAAUAUUUAAAAGUUUACCAAAAUCCAUUAAAAAACUUUCUAUUGAAACAUCUGUCUUUAAAUUGGGAACAUAUUCAUUACUUUGUGAUUCUAUGACUAAAAACUCAUCGAUUGAUGGUUGUCCAACAAUUAGUAUUAGUAUAAUUGGAUCAGACUGGAGUUGUAAAGAUGUGAUUUAUUCCAUUCUCUUUGAAAAAGAUGUCUGCAAAACUGAAAAUUCUUCACCAAAUAUGAAAAGGAGGAAAAUAAAUUCUAAUUUUAAUGAAUAUAUUGACAUUUUUUUUCUCUUUCCAAAACCUUGUGUUAGUCAAAUACCUAAAAUUGAAUUGAAGCAGGAAAAUUAUAGUGGCAAUCAUAUUUACUUGAAAAGAAUUGUAGAUCACGAGAUAAUUGAUUGGGAAAAAUUAUCAAAAUCAUAUAUCAGUGUUAAGUUUUUGGGUUUAUUAAAUAGUUUUGAUUGUUUUUAUUUGUCAAAAAUCUUGAACAGUCAUGAUAAUUUAGUAAAAGGAAUCCUGCUAGGAGAUUGUAGAGAGAUGGAAAAUAAUGGUUUUGAAAAAAUCUUUGAAGGACUUAAACCAUCCUGUAACUCAAUUUCAACAAUUGUAUUCCAACAUUGUCCAGAUUCUAAUUUUGAUUAUUGUAAUGUGAUUGGAACUCUUUUAGAAUACUGCUCAAACUUGUCUGCUUUUAAAAUGUCCUUAAAUCAAGAAACUCCUGGUGAAUUUAAAUGCAAAAGUGACCUGAGAAAAAUAAUUGAUGGCUUACAAAUAUCAUGUAUAACACUAAGUGAAAUUGUUUUUCAGAAAUUUUCCAUAACAGAUCAAGAUGGAUAUUUGCUUGGGGAAUUAUUUAAAACAUGUACAUCUUUGAAAGAAAUUAACUUGGAGGAAAGCAAAUUUUAUGAUUCAGCUUUAGAUAGUAUAUUGUUUGCUAUUGAAGAUUGUACAGAGAAUUUAGCAUCAUUCAAAUAUAGUUCAUUCUAUUUAACUAAUUCUCAAAUUGACAAUUUAGAAAUCUUAAAAAAAAAAUCUAAAUAUUUCAGUGAAUUAAUGGAAUGA